AUGUCAUCUCAAAGUCAAUCUGCUAAUGUCAUUGGUAUUCAUUACCGUGUAGGUAAGAAAAUUGGUGAAGGUUCUUUUGGUAUCAUUUUUGAAGGGGUUAAUCUAUUAAAUAAUCAACAAGUUGCUAUUAAAUUUGAACCAAGAAGAACUGAAGCUCCUCAAUUAAGAGAUGAAUAUAGAGCUUAUAGAAUCCUUGCAGGUUCUUCUGGUAUCCCAAGAGCUUAUUAUUUUGGUCAAGAAGGUUUACAUAAUAUCUUGGUUAUAGAUUUAUUAGGUCCUUCUUUAGAAGAUUUAUUUGAAUGGUGUGGACGUAGAUUUAGUCCAAAAACUGUUGCUCAAGUUGCAAAACAAAUGAUUUCAAGAGUUCAAACUAUUCAUGAUAAAGAUUUAAUCUUUAGAGAUAUUAAACCAGAUAAUUUCCUUAUUGGGAAAUCGGGUUCAACAAAUGCAAAUACAAUUCAUAUAGUAGAUUUUGGUAUGGCUAAAUAUUAUAGAGAUCCAAAAUCAAAACAACAUAUUCCUUAUAGAGAAAGAAAAUCUCUUAGUGGUACUGCAAGAUAUAUGUCUAUAAAUACUCAUUUAGGUCGUGAACAAUCAAGAAGAGAUGAUUUAGAAAGUUUGGGUCAUGUUUUCCUUUAUUUUUUAAGAGGUUCAUUACCAUGGCAAGGUCUUAAAGCUCCAACAAAUAAACAAAAAUAUGAAAAAAUUGGUGAAAAAAAAAGAUCAACCCCCGUGGCUGAUUUAGUUUAUGGUUUACCAAGUCAAUUUGGUGAUUAUUUAACUUAUGUUCGUAAUUUAGCUUUUGAACAACAUCCUGAUUAUGAUUAUUUAAGAUCUUUAAUGGAUAAUGCUCUGCAAUCAAUUGAUGAAAUUUCUGAUGGUUAUUAUGAUUGGAUGUCAUUAAAUGGUGGUAAAGGUUGGGAUGCAGAAAUUAAUAAAAAACCAAAUUUACAUGGUUAUGGAAAUCCAAAUCCAAGACAACAACAACAACAACAACAACAAUCAAAUGCUCAACAACAACAAAGAGAUCAACAACAACAAGCUGGUGCUUUACAAGGAGGUCAACAACAACAAAUUCAACAAGCUCAUUUAAAACAAAAAGUUCAUUCAUUAAAUAAUUCAAGAUCAAGAACUCCAAAAUUAAAUCAAAAUAAUUAUUUAUUAAAUUCAUCUCAAUAUGCAGUUAAUUCAAAUCAUCAAAAUAAUAAUAAUAAUAAUAAAACUACAGAUCCAAAUCAAAACUUAAUUAAUGAUCAAACAGAUUUAAGAUCGAAUUCAUCAGAAAAGGGAUUUUGGAGUAAAGUUUGUUGUUGUAAUUGA